AGGUAUUUAUUGAACUUUAUUGCUUCCUGGAUCAUUUAAAAAGAGUGGCUGACAAACAAUCAUUUGCACAGGCUUGAAAAUUUGCCUCGGAUUCUCUGAGCAGUUCUGCAUUUCAAAAUGCAGGAUUACUUACUUUCUCAGCAUUUUAACACCAAGUUGCUGGACGACUCCACAGCUUGUCCAGCUGUGGACAACUCCACAGCUUGUCCAGAAAAUGCUACUAUUUGUACUGGUACAUCUUGUGUGUUACCAGAAGAUACUUUUAACCAGACUUUGAAUGUAGUUUUAAGUACUGUUCUAACAAUCAUGCUGGCUUUGGUGAUGUUCUCCAUGGGUUGCAAUGUGGAAAUCAAAAACUUUUUGAACCACAUAAGAAGACCCUGGGGUAUUUUUGUGGGUUUUCUCUGUCAGUUUGGAAUUAUGCCUCUCACAGCCUUCGUGCUGUCACUGGCCUUUGAUGUGCUUCCUAUUCAAGCCGUUGUGGUGAUGAUCAUGGGAUGCUGUCCAGGAGGCACAGCCUCUAAUGUCGUUGCCUACUGGGUGGAUGGUGACAUGGACCUAAGCAUCAGCAUGACAACGUGCUCCACAAUUCUCGCAAUGGGGAUGAUGCCACUCUGUCUUUUUAUUUAUACUAAGAUGUGGACUGAUUCCGAUGCAAUUGUACUCCCCUAUGACAGCAUUGGAAUUUCACUGGUAGCUCUUGUAGUUCCUGUUUCAGUUGGAGUAUUUGUUAAUCACAAAUGGCCCAGUAAAGCAAAAAUAAUACUUAAGGUUGGUUCCAUAGCAGGAGCAGUUCUCAUUGUCAUCAUUGCUGUGGUUGGGGGAAUACUCUACAAAGGCUCGUGGGUUAUCACACCUAAGCUAUGGAUCAUUGGUACCAUAUUUCCAGCAGCUGGCUAUUGUUUGGGAUUCUUUCUGGCUCGUCUCGCUGGUCUGUCUUGGAGCAGAUGUCGUACGGUGUCUCUGGAAACAGGCAUGCAAAACACUCAGCUCUGUUCAACAAUUGUACAGCUCUCCUUCAACGCUGAACAACUUGAACUGAUGUUUACUUUCCCACUCAUCUACAGCAUUUUCCAGUUGAUGUUUGCAGGAAUGAUUUUAGGAGCCUACCGUUUAUACCUAAAACACUGUGUCAAAACUAAUACGGAUGUUGAGAGAACAGAAGAAAAAGAUGACUCUAAAUCAAUUUCGUCACGUACUAAAGAAAAUGGAGGAUUUGUAUCAGACGAGAAAAAAUAGUCAAUUCCCUCUCUGGUUUCAACCAGCUGAAGAGAUGAAAGAUAUAUGGUUUACUUAAAACUUGCUUUCAGAUGCCGUUGCUUUACAUUUUUGCUAAAUAUUUAGCAAAAGAUGGAGUUUUGAUGAUACCAGACAGUGAGACUUCAAAAUGAUUAACUUACAAAAAAUUUCUGCUUUGAUUUUCAACAUGGUUGCUACCACAAUUUUAACAUUUCUUCUUCAAUAUAAUUUCCUAAAAUAUUUAAUGUAUUAUUAUGGUUUCUGUAAAGAAGGAAAAAAUAAAGUUGAGCCAUUGCUUAAAAAAAAAAGCAGAUACUUGUUUUGCAGAUUCUGGAUCAUGAUCCAGCAAAUCAGUCUGCUAGCCUCAGCCCAUGCCCCAAACAAAGAUAAAUCUUCUAUAAGUGCCUGAGCAUCAAUAGGAGUUGAUGUGGAAGAUCUGAUAAAGCUGGGGGACUUCCUCUGAACAUGAAUCAACCAUGAAAUUGAAACAAGCUAGUAAUGAAAUAAAGUUUCAUUUAGGUUACUCUGGGCAGGCUAAAGUUAUUCCACUGUACUAAUUGCUUGAAGCAUUAAUUUCUUCUAAAGCUAUAAGUUUCACAAAUGCAUAGUACAUUGUAUGUCAAGACUCUUUUUUUUUUCAUUGGGUUAAUGAAAACUAAAAGCUUUGCAUCUUCAGUCUGAUCUUUAGGUGCUGUAAGCAUGAGUAGAGAGAUAAAGCUUAGGAGAUAAGUCUAAGGCCAUUUGAAUGACAGCUACAUGCAGAAAAGCAAGGUGAGUUUUCGGAAAUGUGCUAUCAAGUGUAGUUGAGAGUCAUAAAUUUCUGUGGUUGUACAAAAGCAGUAAGUUUGCAUGUUCAUGAUUUUAAGACAUAGUUUAAGAUGUAGUUAAUGACUGUGAUAUUUUAAUUAUAUAAACCACAAACCAACAUAAUUGAAUGUAAAUAUACAUUAUUUGUCUGAAAAUUCUAGGGCACAUAUGGAAAACUGUCCUAAGUAUGUGAAGAAAUAGCAUAAUUUUAAGAGAAAUAGUACAGUAAAUUUUUUGCAGCUGUAAUUUUUUGUGAAUACAUUCAGUAACAUUAGUCCUUGUAGCUCUUAUGCAAAGAAAACAUCCAGAGAACUUCAGAUGAAAUAAGUGAGAGCUUGGCUGACCAAAAACUUUAAGAGUGAGCCAACUGUCAACACAUGGAAACUAUACACCUCUUUGUCAUAUUCAAGUGGACCUUCUGAGGUGUUAUGAGUUGAAAUGGCAGCUUUUCUACAAACACAACUGAAAUUGUGGAAUUUAAGUUCCAGACGUGUAGCUUUCCACUGCUGCAGAAACGUGCCCAAUAUUAAACAAAAGAUAAAUUAUUUUUAUAUACCGUAUGUGAGAGAAAGGAUCUUAAAAUGUUCCUGAGUUCGGAGAGGCUUGAAGCUGUUUUGCCUUCAGGUUAAGUUCAGAAUGGUCAUACCUCCAAGGAGGAUUUCAACCCUUAGUGGAAGAUAGCACAUAGCUAGGUGUGAUAUUUUUUUUUU